AUGGACGCUGCAAGAUUUCUCAAGUUAUACGAGGGGAAUUUGAUUCCGCUACGGACAGUCCUUGCUUGUUUAACUUGGGUACUUUAUGAUUAUUUUCUUACUAUCGAAGAUGAGGUUCGGUACAUAUGGACGCAGAAACGAUGCUUUGGAAAAUUUAUGUUCUUCUGGAUCCGAUACUACACCAUCUUCUUGUUGGUCUUCGACGUUGCCCAAAUUCACGUUUUUGCUCUCCCUGGCGUUACAUCCGACAUUGUGUGUCUUGCAAUAAACCCUACUACACGAAUCAUUGGCGCUAUCUCGCUGUGGUCUGUUGAAAUCAUCAUGCAGCUGCGCAUCUACGCCUUGUUUCAAUCAAACAAGAAGGUAGCCGCAGUCAAUGGGAUACUGUUUCUAGCAUCUAUCGCCGCGUUUCUCUAUGUCUUGAUUCACAAUGUGACCCGGACGAAAGCUUUGUUAGCUGACGCAGUCCAUCUACCCUUACCUGGAUGCCCAUCGGUACAUCUCAGUACGGAAUGGGCGCAAUGGGUACCAGCGACGGGGUACGAGGGCGUCCUGUUUUGUUUCGCAGUUUACAAAGCCGUCACGGAGGCUGCUCAAACCUUCAAGCAUGAAAAGCGUAUAUCUCUCUACAGUAUCCUCAUCCGAGACAAUUUGCUGUAUUUCUUCAGCAUAUCGUUUAUUUUGGUUUUCAAUAACCUGAUGGCUGUAGGCAUCACCAGAAUCCCUUGGUUUAGCUUUGGUCCGUUCCACGCUGCCGUCGGAAUUCUGACUGUCCGCAUGUUGCUGAAUCUCCGCAAGGCAACGGCCCACGACGUCUAUACUAUAGGCUUGACCGACAUUCAUAUUGAAGGCCUUGGGCAUGAUAUCCACAAAGGAGGACAGCCGACUCCUGCUGCCCUCUCCACACUGAGGUUCACUGGCUCUCCCAAUGCAUCAUACGCAACGACAAGUGCGAGGAAGGAUGGUACUGUAGGGGCAGAUGACCCUUUGUUAUCAGGAGGCUCGGAUUAA